CUGUGGGUAGGCGGCGGCGGCGGUGGUGGCGGCUGUAGCGGCGGCGGCAGCGGUAGCGGCGGCCGCGCUCAGAGCCCGCGGCAGGGGGAGGCCGCGCGCCGAACAUGGCUGAGAAGCAGAAGCACGACGGGCGGGUGAAGAUCGGACACUACGUGCUGGGGGACACCCUGGGCGUCGGCACCUUCGGCAAAGUGAAGAUUGGAGAACACCAAUUGACAGGCCAUAAAGUGGCAGUUAAGAUCUUAAAUAGACAGAAGAUUCGCAGUUUAGAUGUUGUUGGAAAAAUAAAACGAGAAAUUCAAAAUCUUAAACUCUUUCGUCAUCCUCAUAUUAUCAAACUCUACCAGGUGAUCAGCACUCCGACAGACUUUUUUAUGGUAAUGGAAUACGUGUCUGGAGGUGAAUUGUUCGACUACAUCUGCAAACAUGGGCGGGUUGAAGAGGUGGAAGCGCGCCGGCUCUUCCAGCAGAUCCUGUCUGCCGUGGAUUACUGUCACAGGCAUAUGGUUGUCCAUAGGGACCUGAAGCCAGAGAAUGUGCUGCUGGAUGCCCAGAUGAACGCUAAGAUAGCUGACUUUGGACUAUCUAAUAUGAUGUCAGAUGGUGAAUUUCUACGAACUAGCUGUGGAUCGCCAAAUUAUGCAGCACCUGAGGUCAUCUCAGGAAGGCUGUAUGCAGGUCCCGAGGUCGAUAUCUGGAGCUGUGGUGUCAUCCUGUAUGCCCUUCUCUGUGGCACCCUCCCUUUCGAUGAUGAGCACGUGCCUACGCUCUUCAAGAAGAUCCGAGGGGGCGUGUUUUACAUCCCAGACUAUCUCAACCGUUCUGUCGCCACUCUGCUGAUGCACAUGCUCCAGGUGGACCCCCUGAAGCGAGCAACUAUCAAAGACAUACGAGAACAUGAAUGGUUUAAACAGGAUUUGCCCAGCUACCUAUUUCCUGAAGACCCCUCCUACGAUGCGAACGUCAUUGAUGAUGAGGCUGUGAAGGAAGUCUGUGAGAAAUUCGAGUGUACAGAGUCAGAAGUGAUGAAUAGUCUGUAUAGUGGUGACCCGCAAGACCAGCUUGCAGUGGCUUAUCAUCUUAUCAUUGACAAUCGGAGAAUAAUGAACCAAGCCAGUGAGUUCUACCUCGCCUCUAGUCCUCCAUCAGGUUCUUUUAUGGAUGACAGCGCCAUGCAUAUUCCUCCAGGCCUGAAACCACAUCCAGAAAGGAUGCCGCCUCUCAUCGCAGACAGCCCCAAAGCACGCUGUCCACUGGAUGCACUCAACACAACAAAGCCCAAGUCUCUAGCUGUGAAAAAAGCCAAGUGGCAUCUUGGAAUCCGAAGCCAGAGCAAAGCGUGUGACAUUAUGGCUGAAGUUUACCGAGCUAUGAAGCAGCUGGGUUUUGAAUGGAAGGUAGUGAAUGCAUACCAUCUUCGAGUAAGAAGAAAAAACCCAGUGACUGGCAACUAUGUGAAAAUGAGCUUACAGCUUUACCUGGUAGACAGUCGGAGCUAUCUUCUGGACUUCAAAAGCAUCGAUGAUGAGGUGGUGGAGCAGAGGUCUGGUUCUUCAACACCCCAGCGCUCCUGUUCUGCUGCGGGCCUCCACAAAGCACGGUCAAGUUUUGACUCCAGCACAGCUGAGAACCAUUCUCUUUCUGGCUCUCUCACUGGUUCUCUGACCGGCAGCACUUUGUCCUCGGCAUCCCCGCGCCUGGGCAGUCACACCAUGGAUUUUUUUGAAAUGUGCGCCAGUCUUAUCACUGCUUUAGCUCGUUGAUUAUCCACCCCUGGUCUCUGUCUUUCUGUCACCGCACUGUGAAAUCACAUACACUCUUUAAAUUAUUAUCUCACUCUCGGUAUUACAUGCUCUGCAAUAGAAGUUGGUGUGAACAUUCCCAGGUGACAUGCAGUGUUAUUGAAAUCACCGAAAACACAGAAAUCCGGCGUUCUGUUUACUCUUAGAACUCUGUAACUCUACUGUGCCUGUGACAAGUGUGCAGAGGUAGUAAUGGGUGAGUGCUGGUGGCGUUUGUUAACUUACACCUGUGAAUUCACUAUAGAUGGCAAGCACACCUCACUGAUGAACCAGCUGAGGUAGGGGUGGUUCGGUGGGCCUCCUUCCUUCAUGUUUCGUGUACGUAAAUCCGGUUUACCUCCUAAACUUCAGCAGCUGUUAGGCUGCCUGGGCACUCUUGUACAAGAAGAUUAAGAUCUAGAAUAACUGUUAGGGAAAUAUUAUUUCAAUAGAGAAAUCUGAAAAUCCUGUCCCCCUAAAUAUUAGAAACCAAAGUCUUUUAAAUUAUUUCUGCAAAUACUGCCUAGUAUUAGCCAUUAAGACUGUGUUUCUGAUAAUAGGAGCCUAGUCUCCCAGCUUCCUGACAGUUGUGCAAGGCCCCUAGUUAAAUCACACCACCACCAAGCAAUACAAAACCAUGCAAAAUCAGUACACAGUUCAAUGAGACAAGCAAAAUACCAACAGCAGUCUCUUAAAAGAAAAUUCUACUCUAUGAUCUUGUUUUGUGUCUAUCAGACUGGGGUAGCUGGGAGGAGGGCCGGCAGUCAUGGCCCUCUGGCAUAUUUGCUAAUUCCCUUAACAUUUGUUAUCAAUGCCACCUCCUCCCUCUGUCUUCCUCAGGAGCCUCUGUCUUGCUCAUUGCUUUUCCCUCUCAUGAAUCCUUUAGUUAAAAACCUUGCUUUGGCCAUCAGGUCUUUGUAUACUUCCAAAGCUUGAUCUGCUGUGACCUUCACUGUUGAACCUGAUUGGACAUGGAAGCCUUAAAUAUUUAAAAGUAUAUUCUCCUGGAAUAUGUAUAUGUGUUGUUUACAUAUAUAUACAUAUGUAUUGACACAUCCGUGCUUUUAAUCAAAAAAAAAAAAAAAAAACCAAACUUUUUUUUGCAAGUUUUUUUUUUUAAUUUAAGACAAAAAAAAAGCACUAUAUUGCAAGAUAGAUAAAGUUAAUUGAUUAUAUGUUGUUUUGGUAAAAGUAUUUUAAAUUAUGUGUAAUUUAUCUAAUAAUUAUUUAUUCAUUUAUUGUAUUUAUGUUGUAAUUUUAAAAAUCACUGAUCUGAGUCACCCUAGAAAAUAUUAAGCUCUUGAAAAAAAAACAGCACCAUUGGCCUUGACAGGUUUCUCUUCACCAAAAAUAGUGUAUUUUCUGUUUACCACGAAGCAAAUGAGACUGGUAGACCAGGUUUCUCAUGAGAUCCCAGAAGACAAGUUUGUCUAUCUCUAAAUAGCUUUUUGAAUCAGGAAUUUGCAUCAUAUCACAUCAGAUAACUUUGUAGUUCUUUUAAAAAGAUGGUCAAUGUUUAUCACUCCAACUUCUCAAUAGUAAAAUAUUUGCCCACUGAUUGAGUGUAGAAUUUAAGGUACCUUAAGUUUCAUCUUUGAAAGAUUGCCAUCUUGUGGCAAUAGAUGGUAAUUUUAGUAGUUAUUUCAAUACCAAUACUUAGUCCUGGUUUGUCUAAAGUGUUUUAUGAAUGUGGCAUAGUUUUGACUUCUCCAAAUGUGUAUGUAUCCUUGUUUGUGGGGUGGGGGAGAGACCACCUUAUAGUGUUUGCCUAAGUAUGGUGUGGAAGACCUUGAAGUAAGGGACUGAGUAGAUUCCUCCUUACCUCUAAUAGCAGCAUCCACAACAGUUAUGAAGGCAGGAAGGAUGCAGAAUGCUUUCUUAGUCUAGUGAAUUUAAACCAGAAUUACUUUAUAUGAAAUGUUAUGAUGCUAUUCAAGAGCUAAAAGUUAUUUACUAUUGUCUUAUUUAUUCCAGUAUUAUGAAUACCCAGGUUGACAGUUACCUGUUGAAUUUCAGGAGAACUGAAGGUCAUUUUGUUCCUUUUAACAUUUUAAGACAUAAUUAUUUAAUGAAUCUAGAUGAUAGAGUAAGUUGGUUUUCAGAGAGAAUUCAGUGACUCAUCUCGAAAAGCAGAGGCAGGAAUUCAGUCACAGCAUAGGGAUUUGUUGCUCUUGGAAACAGAGAAGGAAAGAAGUCUUCGCAAAUUUACAGUUCCUACAUUUCAGUCAAUCCUAUGGGUAUGGUAGAUACUGAGUUUAGAGCAGUCUAUCCUCUUGGAUCGUACAGCGAAUAACUAUUAAGUUAUAGGUGUGGUAUGUCUUGGAAACAGAGUCCAUCUGUUUCCAAAAUAGUAUUUCCUAAAACAAAGAAAUUCCACAGAAUAAUUUUGGAAUACAUUGUGUUCUGCUCUGCACCUUGCAAAGGACAGUGACUAUUAACACGAAAGACUUGCAGACUUUGAGAAAAAACAAAACAAAACAAAAAACCCCCACAUAACUGCAAAACCCUACUUUGUCCAAACUAGUUUACUCUUUUAAAACGUUUGCUGAGUCUGGUUGCUUACCUGUAAUACGACUGGGGAGUAUGAGGCAGGAAGAUACGUUGGGGCCUAAGGACUAGAUAGAUAGCAAGACCUUGUUUCAAAUGAAAACAAUAAAGGAACCAUAGCAUCCCAUAAGAAAAUAUGAGAAACGAUUGUCUCUGAGCGCCACAGUGUGGUCGUUAGUGACAGUGAGUAACAUCCCUUCCCCAGAGCCUGAUGCUAAUUCAGAUCUGCUCCAUUGACCAUGCACAUAGGGUCAUCCUGAGUCUGGGGCUUGUACCACAUGCUGGGGUUCCUAAUCCUGUGAUGCUUUUUAGGUAAAACAUCUAUUCUUUUUUCCCCUUAGAGGGUGACUGAAAAGUCAUAGACAAGGUUACUUAAGGAAAACCAGAAGAGUAAGAGAGCAGUGGCUUUCUGUUGUGGCUUCAUGGAUAGCAAGCCAGUUUUAUUCAUUUUUCAAUGGCCACUGAACGUUUUCUACGUCCUUUUAUUUAGGAAACCAAAAUUGAAGCUAUCUCAAAGUAAAUCUACAGGGAGAGAGAAAACCAAACCAUUCACAAGUUAGGGUUUUGUUCUGAUCAAGAACUCUUGUAAAAGGCCCUUGCAACAUCUGGUUAUCUGCAGAGAGAAGCUAGGAGCCUAAGCUAAGCAGAAACAUUAAGACCCUCUGUGCUAGGGAAUUGGGUAUAUGUAGCACAGUAAUUCUCUACUUUAUGCAAGUAAGUAUUCAAGAAUAUUUAAUUCUCAAUCUACUCUUUCCUUAGCUAGUUUGUACUCAGGGAACACAAAUUUAAUACUUGAGAUGAAAUGAAACACAAUUUGGAAAAUAAUCGUAAACAACCAAAUCAGAUUUUUAUACUGCUUCAUCUGUAGUCUCUCCUAACAUGCAAGCAUGCUUAGUUAAUGUGGGCCCCACACUGAUGUUCAUAAGACUUAACAGCCUGGAACAUACCUACCACAGACACCACAGCUCUGCCUGGUCACUCCCAGGGUGAAGUCUCAUACCUAAAUGUGAGACUGCCCGUAGACUUGUCUGCUUUGUGUUUGGUUCAGCCUGGCAACUUGUCCUUCAGUCCUCUGUGGCUUGUUAAGUAGGGAUUAUGGCUUAGUAGUUCUUGGCAACUCUGUUGAAAACUCUGGAUAGUAAGUAUGAUCUAGGACUUGGCCUCAAUUUAAAGCCCUAAAAUGAAAGGGAUGGACACAGAGCUAUCGUCCCUCUGAGCUCUGAAGUCCUGCCUUGUUUACUACUUCAGAGCGUCAGUGUGAGUGUUCACAUUUUAUGUAUUUGUUUGCUAGUAUGAGUGUUUUUUCUUAGUCCAAGGCAUUUCAAAGGUAUACUAACCAAAACUACUUGGACUACUGGAAUGCAAAACUGAAAACAUGGUGUGGAUUUAGCAUUCAUUAGAAGAUGACUGCUAGGUAGCAGUGGCGGGGCCGAUGCGUUUCCAGGUCUGCUAGUGCUCGCUCGCAGUACCCAGUCCAGUAAGCAGGCUCACUGCAGUUGAUCAUCUUCCGGGCUGAACAGAAAGAGUUUGUGAAACAUCUGAGAGUCAAGUAAUAAAAAUAAACACUGGUGUGUUGCUUGUAAGUCCUGGAAUGACAUGUAGUAGUUAUAACUGAAUGUAGUUAGUCUAAUUUUAAAAGCUAGUUGAUUGCACUAACUAGAUGUAAUUUUGUGAAAUAUUUAUGAUUAUAUUGAUUUUAUUAUAAGUAUUUAUAAGUUAUUGAGGGUGCUUAAAAUCAGAAAAAUCUCUAGAACAUAUUUCUUUUUUUCUGAAAUUGUAUUUCUGUGAUUUUGGUGUAGGGAGUUUUCUACUAGUGAUUGAACCCAGGUUUCACGUGUAAGAAGCAAGGGCUUCACUUCAAUCUAAAUUCCCCGGUCCUUUACAUGACUCUCAAAGUACAGCCUCUCUUUGUAGAGGAAAAGUAGCCUUAGUCCUAUCUAAAUGAUCACAGUUUGUGACUGUUAGCCGAAUUAGGCUUAUCUAAAUUUCAUUUUGGCAAUUUUUAAAUUUUGUGCAUACAUGAGAUGACACUGUUUGUAUACAGUGUGUCUCUCUGAGCUCCCUAAUCACUAUUGGCUUUGAUAGGAGUUCACCAAGCCUUUUUAAACUUGGAAACGUAACUUAAGUUAAUGAGCUUCAAGUCAUGCAUAUAUGUAUGUGUAUAUAUACAUAUGGAUUAUGUAAACAAGUUAGCAGCGGCAUCUUUACCAGCCUUUCCUUGAAUAUUUAUGAUGCCGUUGAUGCUACUGAACAGUAAUAGCAUGAGGAACAGGCCCCCAGUCUAGACUGGAUGGAGUUUUGAUUAAGCUUCUUCAGCCAUAACCUGUUCAGAAUCAGGUCCAAUCCAGAAGUUAUCAGACUGCAGGCCUGUAUUUUGUGAGCCAACAUUAAUGUUUACUGCCAGCCUUGCAUAGCAGUGCCGGUUGUGACUGCAUGUGACUUUUAGUAACUGUAGUUUAUGUCUAAAAGCAGUUCAAGUUUUAUAGAGGUAAUUCAUGAUUAUUUGAACAAGCAGGGUGGGUAAUUCAAGUAUAUUUAAAGUGCAAUUAAGGAAAUUCUAGGGUAUAAUAUUCUCUCCAGUUUAAAAAAAAUAGUUAAGAAUUUGUACAAUGUCCUAGAAUGAAAAAAAAAUUUUUUUUGGACAGACUUUUGAAAAAAUAAGGUUUAUACAGAAUUUUUUUUUUUUAAUUCAAGGUUUGCUACUUUGUGUUUAUUUAAAUUUUCAAAGAGAAAGGAAGCCUCCUGGGAAAGUGUUGCAUUGUUAGUUUUCUCCUGCUAGUCCUAAUGCGCAUUUUCACAGCUAAAAGUCACUUGUAAAUAAGGUUUGUUACCACAUUCGAAGCCCAUGUUUUCUAAAUAGAGAACAUUUUCCCAGAAUCGAAGAGACAUAGACCCACUGUCUACACAAAGAAAGAAAGAGUACCUGGUGCCUUCUCAAAUAAUUGUAGAGUCAAAGUGAACGUGUUCAAAGUCUGCCCCACCCCAGCCCCUCUCCCGUUCUCGGGUUCUCUGUGACCUACCUGUCCCUCCCACAGACGGUCACAGGGUUUGCUUCUGCCCUUUCAAUUCCACUCGACCAAACCUCACAGCAUCACCAGUGACGUUCUUCACUGAAUACAUUUUCUCUUUCAUUUAUUUCACUUUUUAAAGCCACCUGGGAAAAUAUUUGGCUGCCUUCUUAUGCUUUUAAAAUGAAUGCAAUUACUAGCAGUGUUUAUAUUUGAAAGUUUAUAAAGGAAAGAAAUUCAAAGCUGAGGACUGACUCUAAUUGGAUGGAAUUCCCUGUUUGUUACUAUAGCAGCACACGUUAUAUAACCUUGUGUAGUUUUCUCUUGUACAAAGUGUGGAUAAUAACCUACCUCACAGAUGUGUGUGAGAAGCCGCUUCAAAGCCCCGAAGUAGGGGUUUAUAGUCCCAUCCCCAAUGUCAAUCUUUCCUUUUUUACUAGACACCUUUGGUAAUGGUGGAAUGAGUAUCUUGUUUUUAGAUGUCAUAUGUAAUAAGGGCAUAGUGCUGAGAAUGUUUAAGACACAGUUUCACAAAUCAUAGUGUUCUUACUGUAAGACACUUAAAAUUUUCUUGAAAACCUCAAAUGUUUAAAUAUCAAAUCUGUCUUUUGUUUCAAUAAAUAUUGUUAUUCAAAAUGUUGUCUGAAGCUGCCUUAAUGUACCAAACUACAACUGUCAAAACUGUUCACAACUAUAUUCAUGGUUGUACUGUUUUGAGUGUUCAUUUUGAAAUUGUUGUGAACUAUGACCUUGAAGGAUAGUAUUUCGAUAUUUUGGUAGGAAUGGUUGUGGUUUUUUUUUUUUUUCAUCAUGUGUAACUAUUAUACAGUGACUUUUGUGUGUAAAAAAUAAAACUGAAAGUUGGCAGAUACUAGGUUGUGUCCAUGAUCAUAACGUAGUGUAUUACUGGAUAGUAAUAAUUUGAUUUGCCUUUCAGGGGCACCAUGCAUUUGUUCUUAGCCUAUAAGAUAGUCCUAUAAUAUAUGGUGCAGGGGCAGAGUACAUCUCUAUUUAAAAACAUUGUUAAAUUAUUGAAAUUGGGACUACUUUUUAUAAUCAGUUUCAGAACAGAAACCAACAGAUUUACAGUGAUUUUAUUUAAAUAACUGUAGAUUAUAAUUUUAGUUUUAUUUGUUACACAUUCUUGUGAGUUCAAUGAUCAGUGAAAAGGAUUCAUCUUUAGUAACCGUAUAGAAAAGAUAGUGAGUUGCAUAGCAGUUCCUAUGUGCAGGCUACCUCUGAUUAAUGUUUGCACUUGUAUGGAACUCCUUGGCAACAAACACAAGAGGAAAGUGGCCUGUCUAAUUGCGCAUCUGCAUUUUCCACAAAAUCAAAUUAAAGUCUGUUUAAUUUGAAA